UCAGCGCCGCCCGCCAUGUUCGCGGAGCUGAACGAGCUGCUCGGGGCCUCCCCGGAGCGCCCGGACGCGGGUAAAUUCACACUGCUGCGAGACACACGGACAGAUGGCAGCUUCCUGGUGCACCACUUCCUCUCCUUCUACCUCAGAGCUGGCUGCAAGGUUUGCUUUGUGGCCCUGCUCCAGUCCUUCAGCCACUACAACAUCGUGGCACAGAAACUGGGUGUCAGUCUGGCAGCUGCCAAAGAGAGGGGACAGCUUGUCUUCCUGGAGGGCCUCAAGUCCUGCCUUGACCUCCUGUUUGGGGAGGAGGAGCAGCCAGGGCAGCCCAGUCCUCUGCAGUUUCUGAGCGGGAGCACCUCUGACCUCCGAGCCUUGUUUGACUUUGUCCGAGUGUCCCUGGCUCCCAGUGACGGUGAUUCCUGGAAAGGCCCCGUGCUGCUGGUGGAUGACCUCAGUGUCCUGCUGAGCCUGGGGGCUGCACCGGUGGCCGUGCUGGACUUCAUCCACUACUGCCGCAUGUCCGUGUGCUGCCAGCUGAAGGGGAACAUCGUGGUGCUGGUUCACAGCAACGAGGGUUCGGAAGACGAGGAGAAUGAACUGCUUGUGAACUCCCUGUGUCAUCACAGCGACCUCGUCCUGUGGGCAGAGGGGCUGGCCACCGGCUUCUGCAAGGAUGUUCACGGGCAGAUUAAGAUAAUCAAGAGAUUGUCCUUGCGGCAGGCGGGGGAGCAGGACCUGGUCCAGAUCUACCAGUACAAGAUCCAGGACAGGAACGUCACCUUUUUCGCACGGGGGCUGUCGGCUGCGGUCCUGUGACAGUGCCAUCCUGUGGCACUGCCAUCCUGUGGCACUGCCAUCCUGUGGCACUGCCAUCCUGUGGCACUGCCAUCCUGUGGCACUGCCAUCCUGUGGCACUGCCAUCCUGUGGCACUGCCAUCCUGUGGCACUGCCAUCCUGUGGCACUGCCAUCCUGUGGCACUGCCAUCCUGUGGCACUGCCAUCCUGUGGCACUGCGGUCCUGUGACACUGCGGUCCUGUGGCACUGCGAUCCUGUGACACUGCGGUCCUGUGACACUGCGGU